AAGACUCAAAUUGCCAACGAGUACGUCCAUCGCCUAGCCGAGAAGCAAGAUGGAAAGGAGGCUGAGCAAAGAUCUUCGAUAUUCUGGAUAUACGCAAACACGCAAGCCCGGGUCGAACACAGCUUUAAGCACAUUGCUCAAGAGCUCAACCUAGUUGCUAACAAAGAUCUUGGUAUAGACGUGAUACCCAUCGUAAGAGACUGGAUGCAGAACGAGCACACUGGCCCCUGGGUUUUAGUCAUUGACAACGCCGACGACGAAAAUGUUUUCUUCAGUCCC